AUGUCGCGCGCUCAAAAUGGAUGUCGGGGCGGUGGUCGUGGAACCAAGGAACCACUCUUCAUUGACGCGGUCAUUGGCAAAGUGGUUAAACGCAACCGUCGGAACCUAUCCGCCGCCUGGAUAGACUACAAAAAGGCAUUCGACUCGGUGCCUCAUACAUGGCUGAAGAGGGUCCUCGAGCUGUACAAGGUUGACUGUACAGUUAGAGACUUCCUCGGGCAGUGUAUGGGGCAGUGGAGUACGAUCCUUUGUCAUCUAGGCGAGCGGAUGACGGCUGCGGAGAACCACAUAAGGAUAAGAAGGGGUAUCUUCCAGGGCGAUUGUCUGAGUCCAAUCUGGUUCUGCCUCUCUCUGAACCCUCUCAGUACCUUACUGGAGGGCUCCGGGAGGGGAUUUCAGCUUCGGAGGGGAGGUACAAAAGUGACCCACAUUUUCUAUAUGGAUGAUCUCAAGUUAUUCGCCGCCAGUCGCUCUCAUCUUGUGGAAUUGCUAAACAUCACUUGUGAUUUUAGCAAUUCUAUUGGAAUGGGGCUGGGGACGGAUAAGUGUGCGGUCCUCCAUGUUGAAAGGGGAAGGGUUGCUAACUCUGAGGGCAUAGAUUUAUCUAUGCCCAUCAACAUAAGGACCCUUUCCGAGACUGAAACAUACCGAUACCUGGGUAUGUCACAGAACAUCGGUGUAGAUGAGGCGGGUAUGAAAAAGUCAGUUUGCGAUGUGUUUUAUGCACGUUUGACAAAAGUGCUUAACAGCCUUUUGUCCAGUAUGAAUAAGACGCACGCAUAUAACGGUUGGGUCAUGCCUGUUCUCAUGUAUACCUUUGGCAUACUUAGGUGGACUCAGACCGAACUAAAUGCUCUGGACAGAAAAGUCCGCACUAUAAUGACGUCCCACAGGAUGCAUCAUCCGAGAUCGUCAGUAAUGAGGCUGUACUUGCCGCGGAAGCAUGGUGGGCGCGGCUUUCUUGUGAUAAAGGACUGA